ACAUCACUUCUUAAGUCUUGAUCUUCAUAUCUUGAAACUAAUAUUAAUAAAAAUAAGAAAAAGAAGAAGUAUUUGAUCUUCUUUGUCUCUACAACUCAAGAAAGAAUAGAGGAUAUCUUUUACUAAUUACAGUAAUUAAACUUACCUAGUGAAAAUGGCUUAUGCUGAAGUCACAUCUUUGAUGCAGACACUACAGAGACUCAUGCAACUUCAUCCAUGUCCAAUUCAGCCAAAAAGAAAAAAGAAAAUUGAAUCUCUCCUACAAAAGGUCAGUUUCUUACAAGUCUUUUUUGAUGACUCUGGAAAAGAUCAAUGCAACGAUCAUGAGGACAUUAAGUACUUAGAAGGAAUUAUUAGAGAUGUGUCAUGUAAAGCAGAAGAUUUAGUUGAGGAAAUUAUGUUUGAUUAUUCAUCUAGUUCAGGUUUAAAGAAGAUUGCAACUAAGUUUCUUGACACUAAUCUAUAUAGAAAGAUUAAAUUUAUUGAGGUUGCAAUUACAAGAGUUUAUGAUGACAUUUCUUCUAUCAAAGUUAGACCAACAACAAGUUCCUCUUGUUAUGGGGGUUCGCACGAUCUUACACCACCUUUGAGUUCACAAAAGGAUGUUGUAGUUGGUCUAGAUGAUGAUUUUCUAAGAAUUGCAGAUAAACUAACGGGGUACCCUAGUAAGCUAGACGUUGUGGCAAUUUUUGGUAUGGGGGGUAUUGGUAAAACUACUCUUGCUAAAAGAGUUUAUCAUGACAAGUUAAUAGAGUAUCACUUUUAUAUUCGAGCGUGGAUAACUAUAUCGCAACGAUAUAGUGUGAGGAAUUUGUUAUUGGGCCUUCUGAAUUGUACCUCCCGAGUUCCCUUUAGAAUGGAUGAACUGGGAAAUGAAGAAUUGGCUGAACAACUGUACAAAAGUUUAAAAGGAAGGAGAUAUCUCAUCGUCAUGGAUGAUAUAUGGGAUACUAAGACAUGGAAUGAUGUGAGAAGAUAUUUUCCAAAUGACAACAACGGAAGCAGAAUAAUGGUGACUAGUCGAAUCAUGGAGGUUGCUGACUUUAUCAACCCAUAUAACCGUCCUCAUCAAAUGCGUUUCUUGACAGCAGAUGAAAGUUGGAAGCUGUUGCAAGAGAAGGUUUUAGGAUUAGAAUCCUGCUCUGAUUACGAAAUGGAAAGGAUUGGAAUGCAAAUUGCACAAAAAUGCAAAGGACUACCACUAGCAAUUGUUAUGGCAGCAGGAAUUCUUUCGAAAGUAAGCGCGACACCAAGUAGAUGGAGUGCUGUUGCAGGAAGUAUUCAUUCUUCAUUUGUAACACAGGAGUCGCGGGAAUGCUUGGAUAUACUAGCAUUGAGUUACAAUCAUUUGCCACAUCAUUUGAAGGCAUGCUUUCUUUACAUGGGCGCUUUCCCUGAAGAUCUCGAGAUCCCUGUGUGGAGGCUCAUCAGGUUAUGGGCUGCUGAAGGGUUUAUAAAGUUGGAAUCACCAAAGACUUUGGAAUGGGUAGCACAAGAAUAUUUGCAGGAUCUCAUCGACAGAAGCCUAAUUUUAGUGGGCAAGAGAUCCUAUGAUAGAGUCAAAACAUGUAGCAUUCAUGAUGUCUUGCGAAAGUUUUGCCUGGAAGAAGCUCAACGAGAAAAACUUUUGCAUGUUGUUAGAAGGUUCGAACCACAUUUUUGCCAAGGCGCUCACCGGCGCCUACAUUUCCAUUUGGACAUUUCUGCCUACUCCUCCUAUACAUAUUCUAAUCCAUACCUUCGAUCUUUCUUGUCAUCAAAAGCAUGCUCGGUUUUAGAGGGUUCCUAUUUCGGUUGUAUGGGCUUCAAAUUGCUUCGGGUGUUGGAUGUAGUUAGCUAUUACUUUUACCGUUUCCCCAUUCAGGUCAUAAAACUAGUUCAUUUGAGGUACCUCGCGCUCUCCAUCAAUUCUGAGCUUCCUAGGUUGAUAUCCAAGCUCAAGAAUCUGCAAACCUUAAUCAUUUAUUGGGGAACCAAGGAGACGCGCACUCUUCCCUUGGAAAUUUGGAAGAUGCCAAUACUAAGGCACAUCCAUGUGAAAGGAGAUGUUUUGUUAAUUGAACCCAUUGCUAAUCACUCUAAAAAGAACUUUCAAGUCUUGGGGAAUCUGCAAACACUUUGCACUAUUACUAUUAGCACAAUCAACUUUUUGCAUGGACUUGUUGCUACAAUACCUAAUCUAAUGACAUUGGCCACUAAUCUGGUAACCAACGGAAACUAUGCAGAUUGGCUUGGUGAUUGUCUCAACAACCUAGUGCAUCUGUACUCACUUGAAACUCUGAAGUUGCUGUUCAACUUGCCAAUGAAAAAUCCUCGUCCCUGUAAUUCUAUCCAACGCUGGGAUGCAUUCCCGCCGAAUCUCAAGAAGUUGACUUUGAGCUGCAGCCUUUUACCAUGGGAAGACGCUAAAGUUCUAGGGAAGUUACCAAAUCUUGAAGUUCUCAAACUGAAACAUUUGUCCUUCCAAGGACCGGAAUGGGAAACCAAUGAAGAGGGGUUUCAUCAACUCAAAUAUCUGUUGGUUGAGAGCGCAGACUUGGUGCUUUGGAAGCAGGCCAGUACAGGUGGUUAUCCAUUUCCAGCUCUCCGACAUUUAGUUUUGAGGUUUUGCGACAAGCUAAAAGAAAUCCCUUAUGAAAUUGGAGAUAUCCCAUCGUUGGAAGUUAUGGAGUUGCAUUCCUGUAGCCCUUAUGCUGUGAGACUCGCUACAACGAUUCAAGAAGAGCAAAUUAACUUGGGAAACAGUUGCCUUGAAAUUUUCAUUCAUCCAGCUAGGUAGGUAAUUAAGGAUUUCUACUAACUCAUGAGUCCCUUUUUUCAGAUGAUUAUUGUGAAAUCAUGAGGAUUUUUUAUCAUAUGUUGGAAUCACAGUAUUACAAACAGAUUCUUGAUAACUGCUUCAAAGAAAAUCAAAAUUGAUGAGAUAAGCAAAUUUAGGAUUGAUAGAUUUACAUACCAGAUGCACAUGGUCAUCAUAAGAUAUGUAACACGAGGGCCUGCUUCUAACCACCUUCUUGGAUACCUAUAUAUCGAAUAUCAUAACAUCUGACUGUAUAAAUAUUCUGCUAUGAUUUAAUGUUAAUUUACAUCUUCCAUGCAAACUUGUUGCCGCAACUGCUCUUUCUUAUAUGUCACUUGAUUGAGUGUGUGUGUGCAGGAUCCAAUGGUCAUGAUAAGAAAUUUUGCAUUCAUGAUAUGGAACAAAAAUAGAAGAGGAACUACUACUGUUUUGUAACUAGCUUCCUGAUAGAAGAGGUAGUUGAAGUUAGAAAGUAAUUCGACGAUGAGCCUAUAAAGUUUAGUCACUUAAAACUCUCAGAAUUGAUAAGAAGAGGCAGCAUUUCACUCCCUAUUCAGUUUUCGUCAUUUGGCUAGUAAGUAUUGCAGUGUUUUGUAAUCAUUGUGAAUGGCGACUCUUAAUUUUGUUCUCUAUGAUUUAGCCGCAGCACUUUGCAUUGUUAUGAACAGUGAAGUUAAAUACUUGGCUAAUUUGUAAACUGCCGCAGUUCUAAUUUGAUAACAAAGGUUAAUUGCAGCACUUUGUAAACAGAAUGAAAUCAUAAACUUGGAGGAAGCAAAUUUAUAUUUCAUUCCCAAGAUUAUGUU